AGGGCAGAGAGGGAAAAGUGGAGAGGAACAGGUGAAGUCGAGACAGGGAAUGAGAAGAUGCUCCAGCAAAGGAAUGGGGAAUUAGGGAAAAAAUAGACGACAGGGAGAGACAGUGAAAAAGACAGAGCGCUGUCUAUACCCACACACACGGUGGGAGACAGACCCAGAAAGAGGAGUAAACAGAGGGGGAAGGAGAGGCCACAGAAGGGACCAAGGGACUCGCAGGAAGACUGGCUGGGAUCAGGGCCAGGCACACCAGAAGCUGGACCACUUGGGCCUUGGGGCCAGCCAUGGAGGCCAAGGGGAGAAGGCUGCAGGGCGAGCACAAGACGGGGAGAGCUUGCGGGAGCCUCUGGCCUGAGCGGUGCCCUGCAGCCGGACCUCUGGCCUCCACAGCAGACGCCCGCGCCCAGCCCUGUGGGAGGCCGGGGCCGGGGGUGGGGAGGCCCCGGCUCCCGCGACAGGGAGGGCACCGGGCUCCCCCGCGCUCCCGCCGCCGCCACCGCACCACCUUCAGCCCCGCGCAGUUGGAGCAGCUGGAGUCGGCCUUCGGCGGGAACCAGUACCCCGACAUCUGGGCACGAGAGGGUCUGGCCCGGGACACGGGCCUCAGCGAGGCCAGGAUCCAGGUGUGGUUCCAGAACCGCAGGGCCAAGCAGCGGAAGCGAGAGCGCUCACUGCUCCAGCCUCCGGCCCACCUGUCUCCCGCCGCCUUCUCCGGGCUCCUGCCCGAGGCUCCCGCUCGCCCCUACUCCUGCGCAGCCCCAGCUGCAGCGCCGGGGGGCACCUGCUUCCCCCACCCCUACAGCCACGCCCUCCCGGGCCAGCCCGCGGGCGGGCCCCUCCCUCCGCCCCCCCAGUCUGAGGCCUGGUACCCCACCCUGCACCCCGGCGCUGCUGCUCACCUGCCCUGCCCCCCGCCCCCACCCCUGCUCCCCCUCAGCCUUGAGCCCCCCAAGUCCUGGAACUAAGGUCAACCGAGUACCCAGAAGAGGUCGCCCCCGCUGCGGCCCGGGGCCUCCUUUCCUUCUAGGGAGAAGUCAGAAGUAGGGCGAGGGGCAGCUCAGACGUUCAAAAUUUAGAAAUGGGCGAUCUCGGUGAAUUCUCAUCGAGGCAGUGCAUUUUGGGAAUCGGGGGAGGCGAGCUGCAGAGGGAGAGGUAAAGAGGCUGCGUGAAGGGCACGGAGGUGACACCGCUGGCCCCGCGGCACAGAGCAGGGAGGGGCUUCCUUCUCCGCGGCGGGGUAGGCCAGCGUCUUCUCGGUCUGCUCUCCGAGGCCCCGGGCAGAGCGCAGGCAGCUUUUGACACCAAGUCCACCGCACAGCCCUGCCCGCCCCCCUUCGCCCACCCCCUUCUGGACCUGCUCCCGGGGCGGCGUCCUCUCGCUUCCCACAGACACUGAUUUCCCUGGGCCUUAGGUUCUGUGACUUUUCCUCCUCAUCGUUUUCCUCAACUCUAGCCUGUCCUAUUUCCAAGAGACCUUUGCAAAUGUGCUCGCCAAGGAGUGACUCUCCCAUGAAGAAGCUGAAUGGCUGCGCACAAAUUGGAGGACUCUGGGUGGCUGGGGCAGGAGGAGGCGAGUUCGAGCCCAAUCUGGGCUUAUUGGAGAGAAAGAGCUCGAAGAAUCAGAGCUGAGUGUGGUUGAGGAGAGAAUCUUUGUCACCUUCCAGUGAUUCGAUUCUUACCUCCUGGAGGUUUCAGAGCCUUCUUCAUUCCUCGUGCUUUGUUUUCACAGUGACAUGACAACGUGCGGACAUCUCUCUCCCUUCCUGCCCCCACUUAGUGAUCCCAGCAUCCCAGUGACUCUUGAGGGGCCAAAGAAUGUGCCACCCCAAAAUAUGCCACUGGCACAAGGAGUGUUCGAGGCUGAAGGCAACUGAGGAGAUGCAGAUGCAGGAUAGGCUGUCCUCCCUCCUCUCACUGACUAAGAGCAGGGCACCAGUGUGGCAGGGAGCCCUCCCUCUCUCUCUACCAGGAAGCACAUGAGACCAUCAUCGCAAACAAAGCCAGGCCAACGGGGAGAGGAAACCAGAGGAAUCUACAAAAUAACCCUUACUCGAAGCCCUGUUUUGGAAACCUUUCGAUUCUCCAUACAGUUUUCCAGUCCCAGGGAACACUCAGUUGUUUUACCUUUAGGUUUCAUGUUACUCUAGCGUUUUUGUAGAUGCCGUCUUAUCAACUUGAGGUAGCUGUCCCUCUACUCUUAGGAGAUUUUUAAAAAUAAAAAAAUGGAUGUUGAAUUUUGUCAAA